GCCAAACAAAAGACCCAUAACGCAAAAAUUGCCUUUUUCCCCUCUUCUUUCAGUGUUGCACUCCCACCACCUGUAAAAGGUCUUACCUUUUGCAGUUCAAACAGUACUACUAAAUAAUAAGUCAUCUUUUUGCACCCAAAAAUAUAUUUAAGUCAUGUUUGCGGGAUAUUAUUCUCCACAAGAUCACCAUAAAAACAGAGAGUUUUAGGGAGAGAGAGAAAGUGGCAUUUACCAUACAAAUUAGAAUUACACCAUGGUUUUAUCAUCUCCAUUUAAGAAGAACCAAACACUUCCCAUCACUGAUGAAGUUUAUCGUAAAGUUGAAGAUCGCAACUCAUACUCAAAGGCCAUGUCAAAAAAAGGGAUUUAUGCUGCCAUUUCUUAUAUGUCAUGUGCAGUUUUGUUGAUUAUGUUUAACAAAUCCGCUCUAUCCUCAUACAAGUUCCCCUAUGUAAAUGUGAUCACGCUUCUUCAGUUGAUAUGCUCGUGCGUUUUUCUCUAUGUAAUGAGACACUGGAAGAUCAUUUCCUUCACAAAUGAUGGAUCCCUGAGAAGUUUUGACAACCCAAUCAUCCUUGUACCUUUCAAGACAUUGGUUCAGACACUUCCUCUCACAUUAUCAUAUUUGCUAUAUAUGUUGGUUUCGAUGGAAUCUGUACGUGGGAUAAGUGUUCCUAUGUACACAACUCUGAGGCGUACAACAGUGGCUUUUACUAUGGUGGUCGAGUACCUUGUGGCGCGCCAAAAGUAUUCUCGUCAUGUUGUUGGCAGUGUGGCUAUCAUCAUACUUGGUGCAUUUGUAGCGGGAGCACGAGAUUUGUCAUUUGACUUCUACAGUUAUGGUGUUGUGCUCUUAUCAAACUUAUGCACUGCAGUCUAUCUCACCUCUAUAGCUCGUCUUGGAAAGUCUAGUGGCCUAAAUAGCUUUGGCCUCAUGUGGUGCAAUGGAAUAAUAUGUGGGCCGAUUUUGUUGCUCUGGACAUUCGUUCAAGGUGAUCUUCAGAUGCUGAUAAGCUUUCCUCACUUGUCAUCCCAUGGCUUUCAGGCCGUCAUGCUUCUCUCAUGUGUCAUGGCAUUCUUUUUAAAUUACACCGUAUUUUGGAAUACAGCCCUUAACUCCGCACUCACGCAGACUAUUUGCGGCAACUUGAAGGAUGUAUUCACUAUUGGACUUGGUUGGCUAUGGUUUGGUGGCCUUCCAUUUGACUUGUUCAACAUACUAGGUCAAGGUAUCGGCUUUCUGGGUUCUUGUUUCUAUGCGUAUUGCAAACUCAAAGGGAAAUGAGAGUUUCAUGUAGACUGCUUUUAAAUUGUCAGUCUAUGACUUCUUCUACUUUUCUAGGGAGCUACUAUAUUACUAUGAUGUACAUUUAAGUGCGAUAUAUUGGCCAAGAGUUGGUUGUAAAUUGAUACAUGGAGAAAAUGUUCUCAUUUUUAUCUAUCUCAAACACUUCAUUUUGCGCGAAGCAAAUUUUCGCAUGCUUUGUUUUGA